GCGAGGGGGCGGGCCCAGGCUUCUCUAAAUGGAGGCCCGCCGGCCAGUGGCGCCUCAUGGGCCUGGGCUUCUCCGCCGGUCAUUAUGGGGGGCUGCUCUCGGCCUUGCAUGGCGGCGGUGGGCCUCAGCAUCGCCGGCUUCGCGUGCCUCGUCUUCGGGGUCACCAUGAUCCUCAUGGUCCCCGGCAUCGUCAGGGACCAGGUCACCAAGAAUGUGAGGCUUGAGCCCAACAGCAUGGCAUUCAACUUAUGGAAAGAUAUCCCAGUGCCAUUCUAUAUGUCCAUCUAUUUCUUUGAAGUGCUGAAUCCAAAUGAAGUUCUCCGUGGGGAAAAGCCAAUAGUGAACCAACGUGGCCCUUACGUAUACAGGGAGUAUAGAGAGAAAGAAAACAUAACUUUUAAUGACAACGAUACACUGUCUUUCUUGGAGUAUCGGCGGUUCCACUUCCAGGCAGACAUGUCAAAUGGAUUGGAAUCCGAUUACGUUGUUGUACCGAACAUGUUGGUGUUGGGAGCAGCCGUAAUGUUGGAGGAUUUGCCUUUUGCUGUGAAGCUGACAGUCAGUAGCACUUUUGCCCUUUUCAAGCAGAGCGCUUUCAUGAAUCGGACAGUGGGAGAGAUCAUGUGGGGCUAUGAUGACCCCCUCAUCGAUUUCCUUAACUCCAUCAAGCCUGGUUUAGUUCCAUUCAAAGGGAAAUUUGGUUUGUUUGCUGAUUUGAACAACUCAAAUACUGGGCUGUUCACAGUGUACACUGGCAUGGCUGACAUCUCCAGAGCCCACAUGAUAGAUACAUGGAACGGACUGAAAGAGGUGUCUUACUGGAACUCUGAUCAGUGCAAUUUGAUCAACGGAACAGCUGGGGAGCUGUGGCCACCGUUUAGGACCCCUUCCACACCUCUGGAAUUCUACAGCCCAGAUGCCUGCAGGUCCAUGACUUUAAUCUUCAGUCAUUAUGGAAAAUUCAAAGGCGUACCUACAAACCGGUAUGUAGCGCCAAAGACAUUAUUUGCCAACGGAACAGACUAUCCACCCAAUGAAGGCUUCUGUCCAUGCCUGCAGUCCGGAAUCCAGAAUGUCAGCUCCUGCCGUUUAAAUGCACCUGUAUUUAUUUCCCAUCCUCAUUUCCUCAACGCUGAUCCAUCCCUCUUGGAAGCAGUGGGUGGCUUGCAUCCAAAUGAAGAAGAACAUGGACUUUUCCUGGAUCUGCACGCUAUGACUGGCAUUCCUAUGAAAUGUUCCAUAAAGCUGCAGCUGAAUAUUUUCAUAAAGCACGUCCCUGGCAUACUGCAAACAGGAAGGGUCAAGCCAGUUGUGUUACCUUUUAUUUGGUUUGCAGAGAGUGGAGAGAUUGAAGGCGGUGUCUUACAUGAUUUCUAUGUCAGUUUGGUGCUCAUCCCUUCUGUGCUGGGUUACGUGCAAUACUGCCUGGUUGCCCUUGGAAGUGUUCUGCUUAUAACUGCUGCCUUAUUUGGUCUCAAGAGCAAGACAUUGACUGUUUUGCGGCAGAAGGAGGGGUCCAUUGUGAUUGGGACCCUGUCUGCCCCAAAGUUUUAUAACUCUGGAUCCGGCACUGGCUACAGUUAUCAUGGCCCGCAGAGAGAUGCUCAAAAGAUGACUGUGCAAGUGCCAAACCUAUGGAACGACCCGUCCCAGCCUUCAGACAGAGCCCCUCUUUUGCAAGAGGACUCUAGCACAAUACACCAUGUUGAUCUUUCUACUACCUGACCAACCUUGCAUCCUCUUCACAGGGGAUCCCAGAGAACUUUAACCAAUACACAUCAUGUCAGGUGGGUGGGAGAGAAUACACCCAGCCACCCGAAUUCUGCAGAUUCUUUUCUAAAGAAUCAGAAGCCUGUGGUGAACUACUUUGAGACCUUCAUAUGCGAACAGGAGGAGGAAAUUCACUGCCAUUCUUUCCAUUAAAAAAACGGAAUGGAAGGUGUACAUAUGGGGCAGGAUGUCUCCAUUGUUACAUUUCCACCUGGAGGGCAGACUGAUGAUUGAACAUGAUUCUUUUCUUGUAUCUGCAAUGGUUUUCUUGUCUUCCCUGAAAGCUAACCUCUUGUAAUAAUUGUUAAUGACUCAUUUUUGGAAAAACCUUCUUAACCCCCCCCCCCCCCCCAAUGCAAUUUGUGAGUUAGUAAUUCCUGGCAUUGACCUAUCUGACCCGACUUAUAGGCUACAAAAGAUUGAUAGAUCUAAAUUGCCCUAAAUGUUUGACCAACAUUUGUGCUUUUUGCAAGUUUUUCUCUUCCCUCCCCUAAAAUAUGCUUUCCUAUAUGUGCUGGACCUUUACUGCCUUUGCCUCUCCCCAUGUCUUUGGAAACACUCCUGGGAAAUUAAAAUUGAGGCUGGGGGAAGCAGAAAACUAAACCAGCAUUCAUGAAAGCUCUUUUUGAUGUGAAAGCUUUUUUGAUUUGGUCCCUAGAAUUACCCUCUUACCAUGCUUCCCACUUCAAAAGUCACUGUCAUAUUUGCCAAUACAUGCCAGUUAAACACUGCCAUUUGGUAUGUUUUUUUUAAAUCCAGACUGGAAACAGGGUGCAUAUAGGCUUAAGUGCACAUGCUUAAACUUUUUGUACAGUUACCUAGAAGAGAAGAGGAACUUGCUGCUUCUCCAAGUCUAAAAGUUUUAAUGAUAUUUGGUGCUAUAUUUUGGAUAAUGGGGUGGAUAACACAGAUCUAAGCAAGAUUCCACCUUACCAUUCUUCCAGGCUGGGGGAGAAAAGGGGGCACAAUAUGUUUGCUUAUGUGUUUUUCCUGUUCAACUGUUCAAACUUGUAAGAAACCUUCCGUCUUCCUGGUUCUCUGGAGUUUCUGCACUUCAGUGCUGGUAACUGAGAGGGGCUCUGGUUUGAAAUGGCUGCCAAAAUACCAUGCCAUUCCCUCUUCCACUGUUGAGUUGUCUGGCGAAAGUUCCAAUAGUGUUUUGCCCAAAGAAACGAUUAAAAUCUUUGAAAUCUU